AUGAUCACAAAUGUAGAAGAGGAAAACUUUAAUCCUCCAUUAACUUCCCCAGUACAAACUUCAUCAGGUAAAAUUACAGGUUUUGUUGAUGAAGCCAAUGAGGUUCAAGUCUAUUUAGGCAUACCUUAUGCUGAGCCACCUACAGGAGCGUUGAGGUAUAAGCCUACAAAAGAGUUAGUAACACCUUAUGUUGAACGAGUAUGUACUGAACAUGCACCUGCUGCACCACAGACAGCUAUGCCUUUUGAUACACUAAUGUGUGUCGAAAUCGAAUACCAAUCUGAAGAUUGUCUUUAUUUAAAUGUUUGGGUCCCAGUCAUUACCGCUAAUAAUAAGAAAUUGCCUGUCAUUGUAUGGUUUCAUCCAGGCGCUUGUAUGAGGUAA